UACCCACGCAGUACCUCCUCCCAGCCACGCCCUGCACCUCUCCCCAGGUGCCUGUGGUGGAACAGCCGGCUCCCACAGCGUCCCAGACUCAGUGCCACACUAUGAGGGCUCUGAGGCCCUGGGCCCGAUACCUGCUCCUCAUUAUGGCCCAUCUGCUGGCCAUGGGCCUUGGGGCUGUGGUGCUCCAGGCCCUAGAGGGCCCUCCAGCACUCCAGCUCCAGGCCCAGCUCCAGGCGGAGCUGGCUACCUUCCAGGCAGAGCACAAGGCCUGCUUGCCACCUGAAGCACUAGAGGAGCUUCUGAGUACCGCCCUGAGAGCACAGGCUCAUGGAGUCUCCAGCCUGGGCAACGGCUCAGAGUCAAGCAACUGGGAUCUGCCCUCUGCCCUGCUCUUCACUGCCAGCAUCCUCACCACCACCGGUUAUGGGCAUAUGGCCCCACUAUCGGCAGGUGGAAAGGCCUUCUGUGUGGUCUAUGCAGCCCUGGGACUGCCAGCCUCCCUAGCCCUUGUGGCUGCCCUACGCUGCUGCCUGAUGCCUGCACUUGGUUGCCCAGGCACCUGGGUAGCCGUUCGCUGGCACCUGGCACCAGCCCAGGCUGCCCUGCUUCAGGCAGCAGUACUGGGCCUCCUGGUGGCCUGUGUUUUUGUGCUGCUGCCAGCGCUGGGGUUGUGGAGUAUACAGAGUGACUGCAGCCUGCUGGAAGCCAUCUACUUCUGCUUCGGUUCACUCAGCACCAUUGGCCUAGGGGACCUACUGCCUGGCCAUGGACGUGGCCUGCAUCCAGCAAUUUACCACCUUGGACAGUUUGCACUUCUUGGUUACUUACUUUUAGGGCUCCUGGCCAUGCUGCUAGCUGUAGAGACCUUCUCGGAGCUGCCACAAGUCUGUACCAUGGUGAAAUUCUUUGAGCCUAGUGGCCCUAUGGCAGCUGAGGACCAAGGCGACAUACUAGGCCAGGAUGAGCUGGCUCUGAGUUCCCUGCCUCCUGACACCCCAGCCUCAGAACAAGUUACUCCAGUAUCAGAACAGACCUGAGCUUUGCUGACUCCAGCCAGAUGACAAGAUUCAGCUCAUUUAAAUUGGAGGACCCUGAGGAGGCCCUUGGGAGUGUCUAGGGAACAGUGGGAAGGAGUUAUGGAUGCCAGGGAACAAU